UAUGAAAGCCAAUAUUUGAGCAAUUUGCAUAAGCAAUCGGUGGAUUUAGUUUCUGGUCUAUGGGACUGUGGUGAAAUUAGGGAGGAUAUAGUCAAUUACGUUAAUGUUGAGCUGUUUUUGAGCGAGUUUUUUGAGAACGUUAAAUUUAGCAGUGGCAGCAGAUUGUGUAUGCAGAACAUCGCGUAAAUAACCAUCUGGGUGACAGUCCGCCCAUUUUUUUUGUCUGGUCGCUAGUGGAACCGAAGUUUUCAUCAUAACGCUGUCAGAUACUGCGUUGAUGGACAUGGUUGUUUCAAACUUGCAGCAGCAACGUGCAGUUACGGAACAAUUGCGUCGCGAAGCAGCGAUCAAAAGAAUGCCAGUUUCAUUAGCCGUAAAAGACAUAAUAAAAUAUGUGACAGAACACGAACAGGACGACUGUCUGGUUGUGGGCUUCUCAAGUCAGCGGGUCAACCCAUUUCGAGAAAAAACUCCGUGCGCCUUGUUGUAGUUGUAUGAGUAAUUUAGAUCAGUAAGCUACUAGUGGGACUCAAGUCAUCAAUAGUAUUUUAAAAAUAGUAUGUUGAAUUCAACACUCAUGUUUGGCCUUUGGAUGAAAAUUUGAUGUGCAACAAUUCAAAAUUAAUUAAUAAUUGAAAGUGUCAUUUGGGAUAGAAAAUUUGAAAAUCUAAAAGUAUUCCUAUUUCUAAUUACUGAACAGAGGUCUAUUUUGUAAUCCAAUUUUUUUAAACAACUGUAUAAAUUAAAAAUUAAGAACUCCAUUGGCAAAAAGUUGACCCAAUUUCUCUCAAAAAAUGUAUAUUUGUUGUUAGUAUCUGAUCUACUAAAUUGCUAAAACUAUGAGUCUGUUAUAUAUUUUCAGAGAACAGUUCUAUGGUUUAUGUUUAUCAUUUACAAUAAAGUAAUAUUUAGCGUA